AAUAUUUUCAAGUUGAAGGAUAUUAUCGUAAGUGCUCUCUGCAAAAAUCCACGUGAAUCGCAAGAAGUACACAAAUUAAGCAUACAUCUAUCCUAUACUUAGAAAUAAAAUUGAUUUUCCCCUCUCAUAUUUAAGGACGUCCUAUCACAAUGUCUGAUGAGGAAGGAGAUAAUGUUCCUGCUGCACCAGCAGCAUCAGGGCCUAUGGAUCUUUACACCGCAUUGCAAGAAGUUUUGAAAACCUCACUCAUUCAUGAUGGUCUUGCUAGAGGUCUUCAUGAAUGUGCCAAGGCACUUGACAAACGUCAAGCUCACAUGUGUAUAUUAGCUAACAAUUGUGAUGAACCAGCCUAUGUCAGAUUAGUUGAAGCUCUCUGUGCUGAACAUGGCAUUAACUUACUGAAAGUAGAUGAUAACAAGAAGCUAGGAGAAUGGGCUGGUUUAUGCCGAAUUGAUAAAGAAGGAAAGGCUAGAAAUGUAAUUGGUUGUAGCUGUGUUGUAAUCAAGGAUUAUGGUAAAGAAUCACAAGCCUUGGAUAUCAUCAAUGAAUAUUUCAAAUCUAAGAAAUAAAAUGUUACUAAGAAAUUAAAAAUAAAUGCGGUGUAAAAAUCCCUU